AUUUCGCACAGAUUCUCAGAAAAUUCCAAUCUAAUGAAACCAGUAAGAUUCAAAUCCAAUUGCAACUGUACUGCUGAUUACUCCGGUCAAAUAUGUCCUUCAUAUUAACAGUCCACAGUUACUCUGAAUGGCUAAAACUCCUCCUAGACCUAGAGCAAUCCAGGUUUUAGAUGUGGCUUUGCUCCACCACACCUGAGUCAAAUAAUCAGGUCAUUAGCAGCACUGUGGAGAACCUGACAGCACUGAGGAGGUAAUUCAGCUUUGUGAUUAAGGUGUGUUGAAUCAAGUACACAUCCAGAAGUUGCUGGACAUCGACCCUCAAGGCCUGAAUUUGAGGAUUCCUGAUCUAGAUUAUAUUCUAGAACAUGGUGCCCACGGGCAACAUGGUGCUUUUGAAGACUGUAUAAGUUUGUGGUCCUCUAAAUACAAUGAUUCAUAUUGAAAGCAAGCUUGGGUUCUUUUUGCCGAGUGGCUUUAGAUUCAUUUACAUCCAUUCAACCAAAGUGUGUACAAUCUAAGAAUACCAUCAUGAACAGUUUCUCAUAUUUGGACCAUCAAAUCCACCAGACACAAAGUUCAGUGCACUGGUUAUUGUGCUCCAAUUACUCUCUAAUAAGCUUGUGACUCUGCAGGGCCUCCACACAGACACACACAUGCACCCCUACACACACACGUACACACACACAUACACACUGGGGCUCAUUCAUUCAGCAGUUUCUUCUCCUUUCUCCUUUUUUUUGCAUCUUAAUGUGAAUAAAAUGAUUUUAAAAAAUGUAUGUGUUGUUUUUUUUGUUUUUACAAAUACACUUCUGUCUCAUUUCAGAAGUAAUUUAUGGGGUUUGGAAUUUAGCAUUUUGUUAAUAAAUAAAAAGUCUUAUUUAAUCAUUUGAAACUAUUUUUAUGUUUCUCUCAUUAACAUGAGCUGAAGACACAUGGACACAUUGCACACUGGCCUCCAGUGUACAAACUCUGUAAUAAAACCUGCUGAAUGAACAUAAUCAUUUUCUGCAGGAAUAAAAAAGGGCUCCCAAACCUUCCAACGGACUUUCUGGGAAUUAAUAACCAUAUGGAUCAGGUAAUUUGUCUAUAAUGCUUAGAAGAGAAUUUUGUUAGUUUUUCAUGUUCCAAACCAACUCCAACUGAUGAAAAAUAAUUUUUUCUAUAAUUAUAACCCGAUCUAAGAAAAUAUAUCCUCUUAACUUUUGUCUUGCAGUCUUGUCUGAAGCAGGAGUUCAAUUCUGAAUCAAAAUUCUGUCACAGCCAAAGACUUUUCUAAGGGCUUAUAGAAAAGCUUACUCCCACACAAUAAAUACUUUCUUCUUCUACUACUGCUGCUGCUGCUGUUGUGUUAAAACACUAAUUUGGUUUAAGUGUUGGAGGUAAAUAUAGACGCUGAUGAAGGUCUGAUUUGAAUGUAGAAAACAGGAAGACCACAUUUUAUUUUUCAUUAGCCAUAUUUUAGCCCGAGGGCUUUUUCCUCAUUGAAUGAUUUCCACAUAUCCUUAAUCAAAGAUUUAACAGCCUUCUCGCAUAAAAGUGGGCGAUUUGGAAACAAAAAUGUCUCCUCCUGUUUUACUUACAUGCAAAAUGAACUGUGUAUGAUCUGUAAAUACUAGAUUACGUGAAAUUUAAUUCGUAAAUACUGCAUUUAUUUAUUUUUUCGUCAUUUAAAAUAAAUUACAUGAACCCUAAAGUAAUAAUAACACUAAUAUACUUUAUUUAUAAUGCCCUUUAUAGUUGUAGAUCUCAAAGCGCAGAAUAAAUAAGUGACCAAUAAAUUAAUAAAAUAAACUUGAAAGACAAGUCUAACCAUGAAACAAAACAUAAUCUACAAUUUAAUCAAGUACAUUUAUUUACUCAUCAUUGAAGUCCCGAAUUAUCUAUAACCACAAUGAAUGGUUUUAAUUUAAUCUAAUUUUUUAUAAAGUGGUAUAAAACAUCAGAAGCUUGUCUCCUCAGCCCCAUCUAUUUAAAUCAUGUCUCUGUGUACAUCAUGUGAUGCGUGCAGCAGAGAUGAUUCCUCCAGCAGCGCCUUCUCUUCUCUCCGUCCACUUCUAUGCAGCUCACAUUUUGGCUUAAGGGAUAAUCCCAGUCUCACAAUGUGCAUGCGCAAACCCAAAGUGCGCGCAGGGAGAUGAGGUGGGGGACGCUUCGCUGAUAACUCCAGGACAAAAAGUGCGUCUAUUAUGCAGAUAUCGCCAUCGAACAGCUGCGUGGAUGGAGUGAUCGAGCUUCAAACGGUGACGCUCCCUGACUCUGGAAGGGGACUGAAUCCAAAAUGAUGCUUCAGUCUGAUGGAAAGGUGUAAAUCCAACUCUGCUGCUUCCUCAUUUGGCUCCACACACACCUGCACGCCCUCAUGGACACCCAGUGUUUGCAUGAUAUUUCAGUUUCUGCAUCGAAGACAGGAUGACUAACUGUGAGCUGAUUGAGCUGAAGGACCUCAGUGUGAACGAUUCCAUCGAGCUAGCCGCUCCAUCCUCACACAUCGCCUGUGCCCCUGUCAAUCCAAGUCAGCCUGGCGCUGGCCGCGUUGUCCGUCUGGUUGGAGACAGCGUCAGCAUCGAGGGACCGGUCCGUCACUUGGGAGAGGGGGCAGUGGGCCAUGACUUCCAGCCCUAUAGCUACACACACCUCAGCUGGUGUGACCUGUGUGGAGAAUUCAUCUGGGGUCUCUAUAAGCAGAUCUUACGCUGUGCCAACUGCAGCUACACUUGUCACUACCGCUGCCGACCGUUUAUCCAGCUGGACUGCAGCACACAGGGGAGUGUGUUAACGGAGAACACAGACUACAGUGAGGACUCCAUCGAGACGGACACAAACGUGGAUGACCAGACUGAACCGGGUAAACAAGAGUUAAGUGUUGGUAAGAUUCAGCAGAAGGUGAAGGAGUACAACGCUCAGAUCAACAACAAUCUCUACAUGGUGGAUAAUAAAGAUGGGACGUACACUGGUUUCAUAAAGGUCCACUUUCAGUUACUCCGCCCCAUCUCCCUCCCACCUUCUCGGAACCAGAGCUGGACAGAGGAGGACGAUCAGCAAGAAAGACUGACAAGGCGGCGGACGUCUUUCUACCUCCCCAAAGAUGCAGCAAAGCACCUUCAUGUGAGCUCAGAAACUCGAGUGCGAGAAGUCAUCGAGGCGUUGCUGAACAAGUUCACUGUGGUCGACAAUCCGGCAAAGUUUGCCUUGUUUGAACGUGCUGAAAAGCAAAGUCAAGUGUUCAUGCGUAAGCUGUCUGAUGACGAGCGCCCUCUGUAUUUGCGUUUAUGUGCUGGACCCAGUGAAUCAGUCUUGAGUCUGGUUUUGAAGGAGAAUGAAACAGGGGAUGUAAAUUGGGAUGCCUUCAGCUUUCCCGAGCUGAACAACUUCUUGCGAAUCUUACAGCGCGAGGAAGAAGAGCAUGUGCGGCAGAUUGUGAAUCGCUAUGCUCAUGCUAGAGACAUGAUAAGGCACGCAAUGGCCCGCGUAACUACCCCUGGUUGACAAAGAGUCAACCUUGGAGUUCAACAUUAGGAAUAAUCUUUUCAUGCCACGGAAAUGGGAACCUUUACGGGUGACGCAAAAGGGAAGGAAAGAGCUCAGGCAAUGACAAUGUUUCAGAUUAUAGUUUGUUAAUGAAGCAGAAAUACAUGUGUUUACAUUUAAUGUGAGCUACUGAAAGCACCAGACCACGCUGUCUUUUAUCACAUACUGGCACUUUAAUAAAGCUGUGAUUUGGAGUUGAGUACGUGUAUUUAUAUGCAAAUGAU